ACGCUUCCUCGCUCUGCUUACACUCACACACACACACAUCCAUCCUGUAUGUUACACCCUGUGUGUGCCCAGGUGUAUGGCCUCUGGGGUCAAAGGUUAGCCUCAUUGAUUUGUCUUCUCAGAAACAGCUGUUAGAUCAGUUUCUGUCUGCAGAGGCGAGGCAGCAGGGGGCUGAAUAUCCCCCCGCUGACAGUUUCUGGUCACCUGAUAUUUGUGGUUGGAAGCUGAGACUUUGCACCAGAGCAGAGUUUGUCUUAAAUUCUGUUGAUCCGGAGGAUCAACGCCCAGAAGAACUGCAGACGUUUUCCUUGGUCAGGAAGGAAAAGCCUCCGAAGCUACGCCACUGAUGCUGCGUUAGUUCAGUGAAUAUUAUCGUAACCGCGAGUCUUUCUGAGGCCGAUCGAUGGUUGGUUUAAGAGAACGAGACGUCAGCAACAACAGGCACGACUCUUCUGCAGCAUCAUCAAACCCCUGCACCCGUCACUCUCAGCCUGGGUCGUGACCGACCCGGGGAAACAGCCACACUGAUCCGUCCGUUUGAACUGGAGGAAUUUGGACGUUUUGAGUCUCAGCGGCGCCGCAGUGUUUGAUUUUUAGAGCUGAGGGAGAAUUGAGAGUUGGACAAUGGCUGAUGACCUCAGGGGGCGUACCACAGGAAGUGACAUUAAGCAAAUGAAAGCGAAAUAAGGCGUCAGUGACGCAGACACACAGACUGGCCGAUGACCCUCUGACAGCUACACGUCUCCAGGAAAAAGUUUGUGUUCCCGGAGUGGUUGGCGAGUCGUUGCUGGCUGAUGAAAUCAGUCCAAACCCAGUGACUGCCAAUGAGAACAAAGGAUGCUCUUUACGGACGUGUGAGAGGCGGUAAAUAAGCGAGUAGCCAGGACUGUCCACUAGGUGGCAGUCGGGUGACGCACGAUGUGCUUUAUAUGUGGGCGGGGCUUAUUAUCCAGCAGGUGAGGUAAACGUUGAUUAUUUUUAACAGUGAAUCGUGCAAAGCUGCUGCAGUCGAAUCCAAAAAUAGAAACAUGGAAUCAGAAAUUUGAAAUGCUUCCCAGAAUUCAGCUUCCUUAUGUCAAGUUAUGCAAUCAAAGCAUGAAGCAUUAAUCGGUGUUUGAUAAUUGUGUCGUCGCGUCUGAUGAAACACCAAAGGCAACUUCCCGUGUGCAACCUGUCGACCGGCUCUGAAGCCUCUGCUGCUCCUGUGAUAAAUAUUCCAUGCUGCUGCAUCACUCCGGCAUCCGAAGUGGGUGAAAUAUACGAUGUCUGCACACGCACGCACGCACGCACGCACGCACCACACACACACACACACACACACACACACACGCACGCUGAGAGUCAGCGGCUCAGUCGGCGCGGGUUACUCAGGGUGACAGCCUGGAGAGUUGUGCAACAGAACUGCGCUGUGAUUGGCUGAGAGGGCAGAAGUGAACAGGACGUCCCAGCCUAGUUUCCACUCUUUGACUGCGUGUGGGAGAGACACACACAGAGAUGCUGUGUGUGUGUGUUACUGUGUGUGUGUUAUCACAGCCUGUCCCCACUUAACCCCAGCAUGGUCUGAGGGCCAACUGGGUUAUAUAAAGCCUGCUGCUCGGUCAGCCUCACCAGCCAGAAGCCUGAGCUGUGUGCGCGUGUGUGUGUGUGCGCGCGUGUGCGCGUGUGUGUGCGUGUGUGUGUGUGGUGUGUGUGCGUGUGCGUGUGUGUGUGUGUAAGUUGCCACCGGGGAGGAGAGAGACAGAGGAAGUAAAAAAUGUGCAGAUUUGGAUUAACAAGCCCUGAUCCUGCUCGUCCGGUUACUUCCAAGCAUCGCUGCACCGUCUUCAGUUUUUUUAAAUAGUAACUUUAUUUAUAGCACAUUUGUCUACGUUUACAUACAGAGAUGAGAAAUUCUUUAUUAUGUCUGGACUUGUGCGUUUGUUACGGCAGACAUGAUGAAGAGUCACAACAACAUCUGGCAGAUGUGUCUUCCUGCGUCUGCGCUCAGGGCAGCUCCUGUGUGCCCGACUUCCUGAUCAGUUUAUCCCGUCUGCUGGAGGCUGCAGCUCGAUGCUGCUCCCCCAUCUUACUGCAGAAAUCCACUGUGGUGCGUUCCCUGGAAGCAGAGCCUGCUCGGAUCCUUCUCGUAUCCAGCCUCUGCACUGGUCUUGCAGCUCGGCCUGUUAUCAAUGUGGACGCCCAGGUACGCGCACUCUUGGACCUCCCUGACAUCCUGUCCCAGACGUCAGCUGUGUAGCCGUCCUCUCACCAUCUCUGCUGCUAUCACAUGCAGGAGCAGAUCUGUCCUCCUCCUCCUGAACAUCACUAACACACCCAGAGUGUUUUUGACCUCAAAGUGUCGAAGGUGAGCAGGAAUGGAGACGUUAUCGCCUCCUGAGGUGUUUCCUGCAGCUACUCUCUCAGUAGCAGCUGCUGAAUCGUGUCAAUGCACGUGAGGAACCAGAGGAGGCGUUUCUAACCGUGCAUGCAGAGGACUGCAUCAGCCACCCCCAGAUUCAGUCUGCGUGCAAACCUCUCAGGGUCAAGGGAGGUUCUACCUGUGCUCUCAGGUGGGCGGAGACUAGUCUCUGCAUCACCUUGAUAACAUGAUGGAUGGUUGACCUCUGAUGGAGUCGACUUGUUGGUCACAGGAGACCACGGAGGUCACGGAGUCCCACGUCUUUUUCUGCCCGUGCAGGCAGGACGUCUGACCACAGUCAAAAUCAUUCGACACUUAGAAAUCUCUACCAACUUAACUCAGUUGGUAAUUUAAUUUUCUCUUUAUUUUCUUUUUUCCAUCUAAAUUGAUUGGCCUGGAGAAGGCCAGCACAAAGAUGAUUGGACUAGACUAGUGAUGUCACAAUGAGCUUAGAUUAGCCCCCAAACACCUGGGCAGCAGACAGAUGUGUGACUGCAGAUGUUCAUCAUUGAACAUCUGUAUGAGCUGAAGUCUUUACACAUAUUUAAUUGUUUCCUUGCAGAUCAUGUGAUGUUUACAUUGAGCUGCUGUGUUGUGUCAUAUUUCAGGUUAUUGUAUGCAGGACUCCUUUUGCAUUGAAGUUAAAAACACUUGCUGUAUCACUGAGCGUCUUCUUCGCUCUCUUUUUUUAAACUGGCGUUUUUUUCUAAUGACGAUGUGAAAAUAUUGUGACAGCGCGAGAGCGGUUGCCCGUAGCGUUGUUUUCACUCGCAGCAGGCGUCUGUGUUCAGAGGAGAAGCUCUAAAAAGCCACAGCGGAGUACCUGCUCAGCAGCAAACAGACACGGCUCAGUCAGACGCUCGCUGCUGAACACGGAGAAGCUUUUAGCGGCUCGAAAUGCAGACGUUUCCCUCGGGAGCCGUCGGGCCGUAGCUCCCGGAUCUGAGACGUGUCGCAAACAGAGAAGUGUUUCUGACCGCCAGCAGGGGGCAGUCACACUGGCUCCAAUAACGCUUCACCUUGCAUGAAUUUUACCUUUCCUGAUGCCUUUAUGUGCUCACAGGCUGGAUGUAAAUUAUUGUUUCAUAUUCAGGAAGCAGGGAGGAGUCUGUACUCCUCCCUGCUUCCUGAAUUCCACGGGUCCGUCACAGUUCACUGUGAACUCGAGUCAGGCUGCAGGGAGCUGAAUAUCUGCACACCUGAUAUUUGUGGGUGGAAGCUGAGACUUGAAACCAGUUUGUCUUAAAUUGUGUUGAUCUGGAGUUUUUUUCCUGCAGAUGUUUUCUGGAACUAGGCCGGGAUGCUAAAAGCGUAGCCACGGGAACGACAUUAUUUAUAAACAAACUGCAGUGUAGAAAUUAGAGAUGGCACGAUGCCACUUUGUUACUUUGAAAUGCCGGUUUGGUAGCGAGGCUUCAAAUGCUCAACCAGACCGCCGACAGGUCUGGCACGCCACAGCCGCUCUAUCACGUGACGCAUACUGCUCCGACGUGCUAACGUUAUGAGCUGAGUUACGCCGUGUCGCUAGUUUUGGGAGGUGCUUUGGUGAUAUUGAAUGGAUCAGAUUAGAUUUUUUUAUGUCUCUCCGAUAUCCAAUCCAGUAAUUUAGGUCAGUAUCGGACCGAUGCGUGAUAUCGGUCCAACCCUAGUAGAAAUGAAACAUGUCCGUACAUGUCGAUCGUAAUUCCCUGCAGCUCCAUCAGAACCUCUGACAGAGAUUCAAACCUGCAUCACACUCAGCGUGAGUCAAGGAUGCUGCUGAUGGAUGCACGAGGUGGUAAAAGCAUUAAAGGGUUAUCUACGAAUGUCCACUAGUGACCGGCUACAAAGUGUACGCAACAAGUUAAUUGGUUUAAACGUGGACGGGCUUUAGAGGAUUAUCCCAGGUGUGCUCAGGUGUUCCUCAGAUGGUAUCAGUGAAAACGCCGAGUUCAAAGCUUCAGCGCUGGACCGCGUACGUUUAUACCGACUCCGUUGUCGUUGUUUCAAAUAAACAAUCAUUUGUCUCCAAUGGGCGUGAACGGCUUCAACCAGCAGCAACUUUAAAUGUGAUUGGUCCCCUGAGCAGAUCGCUGCAUGCUUCGGACGGCGCUUCAGUCGAGCCCGCGUUCAGCCUGGAGAGUUCACAGUGAUCGAGUAGUCGUGGCCCUGCCUCCUGCAGCGCUGUGUCCAGGCUCCGCCCCUUACCUAAACUGGAGUUUUCCCACAGGGUAACGGGUUGCAGUUUGGGCGUUUGUCUUCUUGUUAUCGGGUUCGUUGUGGAGCCGGCAGAGCGCCACGGGGUAUCAAGAGUUCGUUUGUGACUUUGCUUAAAUCCUGCAGCCGCUCUGGAUGAGCACACACAAGGUCACAUGUCAAAUUAUAUCAAUGCAUCAGCGGGGAUUAUGGGAUCGCUGGGAUUGUCAGGCUCAUCCUCGACACUCUGAGUCUCGCCUCCUUUGUGUCUUUUGCUCUCACAGUGUGCAGACUCAGUUUUUCACUGAACGUCAGAUUAAAGAGCCCGGAGCUUUGCUCCAGUAACAAGAUCAGAUGAUCAUUUUGUUUCGUCUGUGCCUCAGUUUUACGUAAAUUAAAGGAAAAAACUCUUCAAACAUCCAUUUUUGCUUUAAUUAAAUGAUCCUGAUGAAUCUUUGCAAUCUUAAAGCUACGAGCAGUGACGAUGAUGAUGAGGAAGACACCUAAACCUUAUUUUCUGCACGCCUCAAAGGUCCUGCGGGGACAUAAAAGCACCUCCUAAGCCUGGCGAGGGGAACCCAGCAGCUCCCGUGUCGUGACUCAUCGCUCAGGUUUCCUCGCCGCGGCUCAGAUAUGAACGCGGAGCGUCCUCCGGUGAAUCGCAACAUGUGCUCGAGUAUCCCGCUAACAUCACCGCCUGCCCGGCCCUCCAUUAUUCACCGUCCGAGGAGCCGCCGCAGGAUCUGAUGACGCCGUCAGCUGACCUUGAAGACAUUAAAGGAGGAGCACGUGCAUUUCUGUUGUUGCUGCUAAACAUGUGAUGUCCCCCUCGUCUGUUCCUCCAGCUCCGCCCGUGGCGAGCACACGCCUCUCUGAAUGACAUGUUUGACGUUAAUUACGUGUUGACAUGCGUGUCUCUGCGUUCUUUCUAAUCAUCAUCUAAUGAUACACGCCCAGGCAGCGGCGGCAGAGUGCGGCCAUGUGACAUAUUCAGUCUCACCAGGGGCGCGAGGUCUUUUUGCUGCGUUUCAUGUUAUGGAUUUCGGUUGUUGGCACUGUGGGCCCUCCGUAGAGGUGCUCUUUUAGGUUUUGGGGCAGGAUUAGGACGGAGGAUGUCCUUUUCUUCUGUCACAGCUGGAACAGCAGCAUUUUUGGCAGCGUGUCCUGAGGCCAACGUUUCUCUUUAGCUGGUUAUAAAAUGACGGCGAGCCCGUCCGCAGGCUGCGUUCGAUCUUCGUCUUCGGACGAGGCGUCAUCGAUGGGCGGUCCUCUCUGACCUCGUUCAGUCGAGUCUUCUCAGGCUGAACAUCCGGCGCCAUGCCGCUGUCUCUGAACCGCGACGUGUGGCGCUCCAUCGGGACACCAUCCCGCCACCGCGUCUUCGUGUGUCACGCCGCGUUGCAUCACGUCACGCUGUCACAUCACAUUAGGUCCUGUCAGAUGCAUCGUUUCCUGCUGAAGUGCAAGAAACCGAAACUUUCCGCAGCUCCACAGGUGCUGUUUUUUACGCUAGCGCGACCUUUGACCUCAGCUGAGAGGAACAAUUAAGGUCGAGGGGUCAAACUGUUCCUGCAGGUGGUCGACUUUCAUCGCACACCUUUAUUAUAUUUGUUACUUCUUCUUCUUUAUUAUUAUCCAACCAGCAGCAAAUAAUGAGCAUGUAUCUGUAUAAAUAUUCAUAUCUGCUGUUGUCUGAUACAUGUGACUGUAUUUAAUAAACCAUUUGAAAUUCUUUUUGAUAUUUCACUGUAUUAUUAUCAUUCAUCAGGGUUUUCUUUUGUACUGUGGGAUACACUAUAUUUCAUCUUCAGUGCCUAUUUCCUCGUCCUUCUGAUGAUCAUGGAGUCGGGAUCGCUGCUUCUUGGAGCAGGUCCUUAGCGUUUCACUCCCGGGAUCGUUUAGAUCAGCGUCCCCGUCGGCUCCUCCCACAUUAAACCAUUUGCUGCUGUUGGCAUGAACUCAGAGGGAGUUUUUCGUGUGACGGCUCUUCUCCGAUGCUCAGGCAGGAUGUGCGGGAGCUCGGUCGGAGCUUAAACUAACAUGAAACAAAACAAGAAUGAUCCCAUCAGGUCCAGUUCAAAUCCCCCUAAAGUCCAUUAUGAUGGCGUGAUCGGGUUAAAGGCCUAAACCUGAAGACAAAUAUAAACACCGGAGGAUUCAGGGCUCUGCCUCCCAGAGACGCUGCUGGGUUUCAGGAAUUCCAGAUACUAUGAAACUAUGAAGUCAGUUUAAAUUCAUACCUUUGCGCACCUGUUACCUGUUUGACGCCAGAAAGACUUGAGAGCACACAGACUCAGAGGUGCGAGAAUUUGACAUUUUAUUAACAAGUUGAACCUGCUGCUGUGUCUGCGAUGAGCCAAUGAGGUGAGGGUGUCCUGUUAACCCUGUGAGGUCAUCAGUCGAGAACCCCUCAGGUGUGUUCACACCUAUUUUUGCACAGUCUGAUUUUGUGCAGCGAAGCCGACGGGCGCAAACGUGAACAGAAGCAAAUCCAACCAAAGAUUUUAACUUCGGCAGAAAGUUUUCACGUGAGCAGCUGGCGAGACGUGGAGGAGGAGUUAUUAAUGCUGAGGCUGAGUGAUUCAUGGAUCAAUAGGUCUCCUGGUUCAUCUGACGCCUCCGGGACGCAUCGUACGUGAUGUUUACAGUUUUGCUUUUUUUAAAAUUCGCUCGCUGCACGACCAAUGAGCUCGUGCGACCGGGAGGUGACUGUCACACAGCCGUCCUUGCACAGUUGAUAACGUUGCUGCUCCUCCGAGUGUUGGUCUGAUUUUAAUGACAGUUUCAUUCACAACGAUCACCAAACAAGUCUUCAACCAAACAGGCAGAACAUGCACUUUGUGUGGCAUCGUUCCAGGCCUGAGCAGCGUGCUGCUGCCUCGCAUGAACCCCUUUGUCCUGAUCAACAUGGCGGGAGCUCUGUCCCUGUGCAUCACCUACAUGCUCAUCGAAAUCAACAACUUCAACGCGGUGGACACGGCGUCUGCGGUCGCCAUCGCCCUCAUGACCUUCGGCACCAUGUAUCCCAUGAGCGUGUACAGCGGCAAAGUGCUGCUGCAGACCACGCCCUCCCACAUCAUCGGGCAGCUGGACAAGCUUCUGAGAGAGGUGUCGACUCUGGACGGGGUGCUGGAGGUCCGAAACGAGCACUUCUGGACAGUUGGCUUUGGAUGUCUGGCUGGCUCCGCCCACGUCCGGAUCCGCCGCGACGCCAACGAGCAGCUGGUUCUGGCUCACGUCACCAACCGGCUGCUGCCACUCGUCUCCACGCUGACCGUGCAGAUCUUCAAAGACGACUGGUCCCGGCCCCUCCUCACCGGGGCCCUCUCCUCCUCCUCAUCCUCCUCGCCCACUGCCUCCCCGCUGGGUGCUGCUGAUGGCUACGCCGCCCUCGCCUCAUCGCUGCCUCCUCUGCUCUUGUCCCCGGGAGGAGAGUUCGACCCACUGACCUCCACCCCCUCCAAACCCACCAGCCCCCCUCCGGAGUUCUCCUUCGACACUCCGGGGAGGAACGUGCAGCCAAUGGUCCUCGCCGCUUUGGGACACCACACCCACAGGCCGUACGGAGGCCUGGGACUCUCCUACGGGUCGACCCCCUACACAGGGAUGCUGAAUCAGGGCCUGGCGCGGCCUGGUGGCGGGAUGGGACUGGGCACACAGGGUCUGGGGGUCGGGCUCGGACUGGGCGUGGGCAGCGCCGGGGGGCCGUCCUCUCAGAGCUACAGAACUGCGUUUGGCGGGUCGACGGCGCCGCUGCGCUUCGGAAACCCUCUGGCUUCACAGUCGCAGUACCGACAGUACCAGCCGUGACCGCUCCGGCGGGUUCAGGACCUUCGGGUACUCGAAAUUCAUUUGUGACGGUCGGCUCCUCGGGAACGUCGAGUCAGGCAGCGGCGUCACAGCAUCGACGACAGCGCCAGUUUCUGGUGUUAGAUGUCGAUGACUUCAGAGGAGCGAUGGUGGUGAUGUAUUUAUUGUCCGGACGAGGGGACCACCGCGUAUCUUUGAGUGCUUUCUUUGUUAUGGGACUGAUCGCGAGGUUUGGCGGUUAGAAAGUGGCGUGCUCGUACUUUGUAAGCUUUUUUUUCCUGCAAACAUUCCUUAAAAAAAUAAAAGUCUUUGAGUCUGAA